AUGGCCGCGGCCGGCGUGGCCGCGGCCGGCGGCCGGCGUGGCCGCGGCCGGCGGCCGGCGUGGCCAACGCUGGCCGCGGCCGGCGUGGCCAACGCGCGCUCGUCGUCGGCGCUGCGGCGUAGCUCGGUGCCUGGUCUUCGGCUGGUUGCGAGCCCCGCGCCUUUGCCUCGCCUGCGGCGAGUGACGUGGCUGCUGGUGUGGCUGUCGCUCGGGGCGCUCCUGACGCAGGACCUAAGCGCCGUCGUGACCGACUACCUGCGCUUCGACGAUAUCGUAACAGUGUCGGUGCACGAGCCGGCGCGACCCAGCUUCCCCGCUGUCACCGUGUGCAACGUGAACCGGGUGCGCCGGUCGGCGCUUUGCGACCACCACCGGCGGCCGCUGCACGCGCUCGACCCAGCACUGCUGCGCUGGAGACGCCUCCUCUGCAACUCCACUACUUACCCGAACAUUGCGUUGAGCAAGGAGGAUCUGGAACUGCAGCGAGAGCUGGCCGAAUGGACCCGGACAGUGUUCCGCAACACCCGAUACGCGGACCUUCACCUGGGACACCAAGUGGACAACAUGCUGCAACACUGCGCCUUCAACGGCCAAGACUGCAGGGCGAUUGAGUAUACGCCGCUCAUGGCCGCUUUGCUGCCCGCACAUGCGACGGCGGCAACGCAUUUACUCGCGGGAACAAAAGGGCAUUAGUAGCUUGAUACCCAAGCU